UCAGGGGCUGGCAGAAAACAGCAACUGACGGCGAGCACGGAGAGCAGGAAUCAAAACAAGAGACGGGCACGCCUUCUUUUGCAUAGGUUACCUUUCUAGACUAGCAUUAUAACCACUGGUAGAGUGCAUGAAAAUAAGACUGUGGAUUUGCAUUAUCAUAGAGAAGACAAUCUCGCCACCACGUCUUAUAUUAGAAAGACGGCACCAACAGAAGCCUCCAUUUUAGACAGGUAGCCCAACAUGGAAUCAGCAGAAAUGUCAGUCGCUGACAGUCGUUGAGAGUGCCUGUAAAUACAUGGUGUCAGUGCUGUAAAAUGCCCAACCAGAAGAACAUCAAAGGGAAGAAAAGCAAACGCACCAACAGCAGCGGAGAUGAACAAGAAAAUGGAGCCAGUGCGACUGCAACAGGGGGGGCAGCCACAGCAGCUCUAGUGGGGGCGACUGCUGCACCUCGGAGCGGGCGCACAAGUGAAGCCCCAUGCGCCACCCCCCUGAUCUGCAGCCUGGCUCGCCCCAUCGACCUGGACAAGGAUGACUACCAGCGCGUGCUCUGCAACAGCGAGCUCUGCCCCUACGGCAACUGGAUGCACCUGCAGUGCUUCUACGAGUGGGAGAGCUCCAUCCUCAUCCAGUUCAACUGCAUCGGCCGCGCCCGCUCCUGGAACGAGAAGCAGUGCCGGCAGAACAUGUGGACCAAGAAGGGCUACGACCUGGCCUUCCGCUUCUGCUCCUGCCGCUGCGGCCAGGGACACCUGCGCAAGGACACGGACUGGUACCAGGUGAAGCGCACGCAGGACGACCGAAAGAAGAAGCCCACGGAGAGGAGCUCCAGCAGGGCCGGCCCCGGGGCACUGCUGGGGGCCUGCGGAGGGGCAGCGGGGGGGGGCGCUGCCGGCUGGGACGGCCUCGCCCUGGACGAGGUCAAGAAGAGCAAAGUGAGUCCGGGGGGAGGAGUUGGUGGUGGCAAGCUGAUACAGAGAGCCUCCAGCCAGGAGCUGCCUCGCAGGCAGUCCCUGGAGCGGCAGAACUCAUCCGAGAGAGGAGCCACGGGUGGGGGAGGAGGAGGUGGGCUAGGGUACCCAGGGCACCACCAUAACCCGGGCGGGACGUUUCCCUUCGGGGCUCUGCAGAAGUCUCCCUGCGGCUCCCCGGGACAGUCCCCCACCGCCGGCUUCCCCUUCUUCUCCCCAGGCGGCACCGCCGCCUCCCCCUUCGGGGCGGGUGUGGGAGGGGGAGGGCCGGCCACCCGAGGGUCCCGCCACCUCGGCGAGUUCUUCAAGUCGGCCGUGCUCAUGGAAAGGAAGCACCUUUUGUCCGGGGCCGGCGGGGGCGGGGUCUGUGGCGGGGGCGGGGGGGCAAUCAGCCGCAGCGGAGGGAUGGGGGCGUCCCACCUGGACGCCGGAGGCACCGUCCUCCCCCUGGCUUUCGCCUUGCCCCUCCCCCACCGCCUGGCCCACGACGCCGGUCACCCGCACCAUUCCCACCACCACCAACACCUCCACCUCAACCACCACCACCCGGUCCAGUUCCUCCGUAGGCUGGACCUCUCGGAGCUGUUUGCACACGUCCCGCGCCACAAGCUCAACACCUACCACGUCCGCAUGGAGGACGACACACAGGCGGGCCAGGGGGAGGAGCUGCGCAGGUUUAUACUGUCGGCCCUGAGCGCCAGCCAGCGCAACGUGGUCAACUGUGCCCUGUGCCACCGGGCCCUGCCUGUGUUUGAGCAGUUCCCCCUGGUGGACGGCACGCUCUUCCUGAGCCCCUCGCGCCACGACGAGAUCGAGUACGACGUCCCCUGCCACCUCCAAGGUAGACUGAUGCACCUGUACGCCAUCUGUGUGGACUGUCUGGAAGGCGUCCACAAGAUUGUCUGCAUCAAGUGCAAGUCACGGUGGGACGGCAGCUGGCACCAGCUGGGCACUAUGUACACGUACGACAUUUUGGCUGCAACCCCUUGUUGCCAGGCCCGUCUCAACUGCAAGCACUGUGGCAAGCCAGUGGUGGACGUGCGGGUGGGAAUGCAGUACUUCUCAGAAUACAGCAAUGUGCAGCAGUGCCCCCACUGCGGAAACCUCGACUACCACUUUGUCAAACCCUUCUCCUCGUUCAAAGUACUCGAGGCCUAUUGACAAAUAUUGCACAUGCAUGCUAGUGAAGUCGCUUUUUCAUUAGCAAUCGUUGAAAACAGAAAUAUCGUUCCUUGGAAAAGGUCUUAACGGACCUUGCAGUGCCUAUGUUUCCUUUAUAUUUCUCCACUUUUUUUACGUAGAAAUAGAUAGUACGGCUUAAGUUGAAUGCGUUAAGACAGAGUCUUCACGCUUCAGAGGGAAAAGUACUGCUACACUCGAAGGGUUGUGAAACUAGUAUUUCAGUCAAACACAUUUAAAUGUGACAGUUGAAUGUAUCUGAAUGCCAAAAUUGUUUCCCUUUUCUUUUUUUACAAAACAUGAAAAAAUAAAUCUGGAAUAAAGAUGUAAAAUGUA